AUGCGACCGAAUGUCUUAUGUCGUCGUCUUGUGCGUACUCUCUUCUCCAUUCGCUAUUUUUUGUUCAAGGAGCGCAUCAUGGGCGAGAAACCACCAUCGAAGAAGGGCAGUGUCGGCGAUAUCGCGAUGCCUCAACCAGUAGAAGAGACGGCUGCCACCGCCGCCGUCAGCACGUUGAGCCCUCACACCAUUCGUCAGCGCACGUGGGCGAAACGUGUGGAUGACGCAGUGAUCGAGAUGCGGCAUGUGCAGCAGCUCCUCCAGAAGCACACAGUCGAGGUGAACACCGUGAAGCGGGAGUUGGAGGAGCUGACGUACACCGCCGCCACACUCUGGGCAGCAAAUCCGGAUGAGCUCCCUGCGCAGUAUAAAGACAAGCAGCAUUCGUCGCUGCAGCGGGCGAACAGUCCAGCCAGCGCUGCAGGCCGGUCAUCCGACAACACCCCGACAAAGCGGCGCGGUGGACCAGACACCACAUCGCCUUCUACGAGUCUCGGAGCCGACGCCCUUCGUGGAAUCUCAGAAGUGGCCCUCGAAAGUGUGGAGCAGACACUAUUACAACUCUCCCCGGCGCAGCGGGCGAAGGUGUCGGCAGCGCUUCAGUCGCUCUUCUAUGCACCCCCAGCUGCGCUGUCCGCGGAAGUCGUCAUGGACGGCGCUGGCGUCGAUUUUGCCGGCGACCCGCCGUCCGCAGCGGUAGAUGGUACAGCUCAGCAAAAGCUAGCACCGCCGGCAAAGUCUGGGAAGGCGGCGGCCGCCGUCGAAGUGUCGUCUGCGACGGCGGCGACCAGCGAUGGCAAACCGUCGACUGCUGCUACCGUGCGGCGCCAUUGCAUCCCACUGUCGCUCCUUCUCGCCAUGAAGGAGCUGCAGGCGAGGCGGAUCAAUCUAGAAGAGCGGCUGACAACGGCUACCAAUGCUACCGCCCAGCAGCUGCAGCGGUUUCAGCUGCUGCAGGAGGAGCUGAUGGUCUCGCAGUACGGCUUGGAUGCGGCGCGGCACGAUCUGCAGAAGCAGUCCGAGCUCCAGCAAGCGCCAUUCGAAGGUGUUCCAGGGCCGUCGUAA